UAAGAAGUAGUUUACCAAAUAGGGAACUAGAGGUGAAAUUGAGACACAGCCAGUGUCUCAAUACAGUCAGGGGAAAUGUACCUAUUUUACAGAAGCAAUAUGAAUAAAAGCUACAGCAGUGUAGAGACAGCAAAACACAGCAGCAUGAAUUCACCCCGAACUCUGCGACUCGAGAUUGGCAAGAUUAGAAGGACGCUAUUCGUGGUGGGAAGGAAAGUGGCAGUGAAUUUAACAAGUUGUGCCCCAUUGCAGAGCAAGUUCUUCUCAGUAAAAUGCAGCCCCAAUGUAAAGUGCCAGGUUUUGUCUCAGGUCCAGGUUGGGAACUCGCUCAUCUCGCAACAGCCGAUUGGGAAAAACACGGUGCUUCUCAUUUCUAUGGAAGCUGCCAGCUCACUUCCCAAUGAUAGCAAGCUAUCUGUGAAGUUCUAUGGGGAUAAGUCGGAAAAUCUCGGAAGUGCUUUGCUACAUCUCACAGCUGUUGAGAUCUCCCUAGAUGUGGACACAGAUCGAGAUGGUAUUGUUGAGAACAACAAUCCUAACAAGGCUUCAUGGAAAUGGGGUCCUAAUGGACAUGGUGCCAUUCUGCUGGUCAACUGUGACUCUGAGACUUCCUACAAGAAGACAGUGGACUAUGAGAAAGAAGAGAUCUCUAAAGUUUCAGAUUUGAAAGACAUGUCCAAGAUGAUCUUGCGCACCACUGGUCCAUCUGAGCUCCCAGAAGGCUAUAAACUGAGCUUGCAUAUCUCACAGACAGAUGCUGAAAGAGUGAGGAUCUUCAGGUCUAGAUCAAGCAAGCAGGCAGAGGCCACUCUGCAAAAUAUGUUGCUCAGUUUAUUCCAGAAGGAAUAUCCUUUAGUUCUGAACAAAAAGCAACUGGCUAAUGAGGUCCCCUAUCAAGGUGGCAAGAAUGAGCUAGUGUUCUAUGUGGAGGGCCUUCACUUUCCAGAUAAGGACUUUGAUGGACUACUUACGAUAAACCUUAGUCUUUUAGAGCCUGCUGGUGAGGGUUUCCCACCGACCCCAAUUUUCACUGACAAGGUCAUGUUCCGUGUUGCUCCUUGGAUAAUGACACCCAACACCCUCAGACCUUUGGAAGUCUUUGUCUGCAGCACACGUGAUAACCAUGAUUUUCUGAAGGGCAUAAAGCAACUGGUGAAGACGUCUGGACAAAAACUGAAGAUAUGCUAUGAGUACAUGAACCGAGGAGAUCGCUGGAUGCAGGAUGAGCUUGAGUUUGGAUAUAUUGAUUCUCCACACCACAGUUUUCCUGUAGUCUUGGACUCUCCACGAGAUGGAGACCUUGGAGAAUUCCCCUAUGAUACCUUACUGGGUCCGGACUUUGGCUAUGUGACCCGCAAUGCUCCAAGAAAAGAGGUGAGCAGCUUGGAUUCAUUUGGUAAUCUGGAGGUAAGCCCUCCUGUCACUGUGAACGGGAAGAACUACCCACUGGGCCGAAUCAUCAUUGGCGUUUCCUUCCCUACCACAGAGGGUGGCCGCAAUAUGACCAAAGUAGUGCAGGACUUCCUGUGGGCUCAGAAGGUUCAGGAGCCCAUUGCUCUCUACUCUGAUUGGCUCUUGGUAGGUCAUGUGGAUGAGUUCCUGUCUUUUGUCCCAGCUCCUGACAGAAAGGGAUUCAGACUGCUGCUGGCUAGCCCAGAUGCAGCAUAUAAAGUGUUCAGAACUUUGCAGCAAAAAGGAAAUGGGAAGGCUAAGAUGUUUGCAGGGACAAAUGAAGCAGUCAGCGUUGAUGACAUUUUAAGUGACAAGCAAUUUCAAGCAGAAAACAGAUAUGUCCAGAGUUGUAUUGACUGGAACAGAGAUGUACUAAAGAAAGAGCUAGCACUAGAUGAUGAAGAUAUCAUUGACUUACCAGUCCUGUUUAAAGUGGAUAACAAAGAAAACAGAGCUCUGGCCUUUUACCCUGACAUGGUGAACAUGCUAGUGCUUGGCAAUAACCUCGGUAUUCCCAAGCCGUUUGGACCGCAGGUGAACGGUAAUUGCGCCCUGGAGACUGAGGUGCGCUCCCUGCUUGAGCCGCUUGGCCUGAACUGCAACUUCAUUGAUGACUUUACGUCUUACCACAAGCUCCUGGGGGAAGUGCACUGCGGCUCCAAUGUGCUCAGAGAACCUUUCACCUUUAAAUGGUGGAACAUUGAGCUGUGAAAAAAUGUAGAGUACAAAAAAAAAUACAGUAGGGUUUGAUAAAACCGAAUACAAUACCAAGAACUGUGUUCAUUUCACUUAUUAAUAACUAAUAUGGUGUAUUUCCUAACCAGGAUAACAUCAUUCCUCAUUAUUUUAGGUUUGCUAUUAUUUAUUGACAGCACUGAGCAGAUUCCAAAUUAAGUGUUGGUUGUUAUGAGAUGACAGCACGUGUUUAAAGCAUAUGCUAUUACUAUUUGAAUUAAAUACCUAUAAUCUUUUAAUGGAAGAAAGCUUUAUAUUCAGGAAUAUGACAUUUCAUAAAGUAAUAAGUGACUGAGUUAAAAACUUUAUUUGGCAUUUAAUAAAUUGUGAAAUAAACAGUUCUUGGGAAGUCAGAUGCUUAGAUACUACUGAAUAAGAUUUGCUUGCAAAAAAAAAAUGCAGUUUUCAGAACAAUCUAGUAGCUUAGCAAAUACCUCACAAUAUAAUAAACUGUGCAAUGCAAAAAGGAUCCAAGUUUACCUACUGCUCUGAGAUUAUCGCUUACCUAUCAACCACUGUGUGCCUGAGAAUCAAGUUUUUUUACACUCCUGUGUUGUUGUUUUGUACUUUCUUUCCACCACUGGUGCCUUAAUAAUGAGUCCUUCUGAAAGAAAAUGAUUCUGUGUAGUUUUACUUAAUGAAAAAUACAGUGGAAACCAGCACCUACUUACACUGUACAGAAUAGUCAAUAAAACCAUUCUAAGCAUU